GUUACGAUGACAGAGAAAAUGAUCUCUUUCUCUGCGACACCAAUACCUGUAAAUUUGAUGGGGAGUGUUUAAGGAUUGGAGACAGUGUGACUUGUGUCUGUCAGUUCAAGUGUAACAAUGACUACGUGCCCGUGUGCGGCUCCAACGGUGACACCUACCAGAACGAAUGCUACUUGAAACAGGCAGCCUGCAAGCAGCAGAGUGAAAUACUCCUGGUGUCCGAAGGAUCCUGUGCGACUGAUGCCGGCUCAGGAUCUGGGGACGGAGGUAAGAGCCAUCUUUUAAUAUCUUUGUGCUUAUGUGUAUACACAUUGUCUUUCACAAUUUCAGAUU